GGCGCUCCGCGAGUACAGUGAGGAAUCUACCCUCUCGCUUUCGUAAGAUACUCAUGAGGCAUUUUGCACCUUGGCCAAUGGUGUGCUUUAGCUGGUAGGCUGUGCUCUCCCUUUGCCCAUAUACGUGUGAGACCGCCACGCAGGUCAUCUUUCUCUUUCCCCAUCAUAACAGUCUUCACCGAUAUAUACCGAGACGGGAUUUCUCCAGUUGAGAACCCCCCAAUCUCUCUUCAUCUUUGUUGACAACAUCUCAAAAGACAAACAUGUCUUUAGGAGUUCCUAAAAUACAGACGGGCGGCCUGACCGUCCGCGAUGAUGAGGACGACAUAUCCGGAGGGCGUCCACGAGCAACUUCAGAUACAUCAUUUCUGAGUGCGCAAAGCGCUCAAACAUUAUUACCUCCCAGUACACCUGGAGGAGCUAGCAUGACAUCUAGCAUAACAUUUCGAGAUGUUGACAACGCGCUACAUCCCGACCCUGGAACCGAAGCAGAUUUCGAGGUGGAAAACAACAAAUUUGCCUUCAGCCCUGGACAGAUGAACAAGCUGCUGAAUCCGAAAUCUUUGGCUGCAUUUACAGCUUUGGGUGGCUUACCUGGAAUCGAGCGUGGUUUAAGGACCGACAUCAAUGCCGGUUUAAGUAUAGACGAAGGGGAUCUCGAGGGUUCGAUAUCGUUUCAAGAAGCCACAAAAUUACAAUACAACAAGGGCGAUAGCUCUCCAACAAUACCAACAUCGACAGGAGGACAGCCAGGUUCAUUUUCCGAUCGAAUCCGAGUUUUCAAGGCGAACGUUAUUCCAACAAAAAAGGCAACACCAUUAUGGAAGCUCAUGUGGAGAGCGUACAACGACAAGGUUCUGCUGUUGUUGACGGGUGCCGCAAUUAUAAGUUUGGCGCUGGGUCUCUACGAAACCUUCCGCGACCAUCCUGUACCUUCAGACCCUGUAGAAGCAGCCAAACAAAAAGAAGAGUCAACCACAAAAGUAGAUUGGGUUGAAGGCGUGGCCAUUGUCGUUGCGAUUGUUAUUGUUGUUAUCGUUGGAAGUUUGAAUGACUGGCAAAAGGAGAGAGCUUUCGUCAAGUUGAAUGCGAAGAAAGAUGAUCGUGAGGUCAAUGUUGUUCGCUCUGGAAAAUCUUUUGUCAUUAAUGUCCACGACAUCUUGGUUGGAGAUGUACUCCACCUCGAGCCCGGAGACAUGAUUCCCGCAGACGGUAUUUUCAUCGGUGGCCACAAUGUCAAGUGCGACGAGUCAUCAGCAACAGGCGAAUCCGACUCUCUCAAGAAAACGGGUGGCGCACAAGUAUCACGACUCUUGGAAGAAGGACACACCAACCAAAAGGACCUUGACCCAUUUAUCAUCUCCGGCGCAAAGGUAUUAGAAGGUGUUGGUACCUACGUUGUUACAUCAGUCGGUGUAAACUCCAGCUUCGGCAAGAUUAUGAUGUCAAUGCGAACUGAACCCGAGGAGACACCUCUCCAGGUUAAGCUCGGUAAGAUGGCUGGUGCCAUCGCCAAACUUGGAUCAGCUGCCGCUGGUUUACUCUUCUUCGUUCUCUUGUUCCGAUUUUGCGCCAAUCUUCCAGGUGACAAACGUACUGGAGCCGAGAAGGCAUCGUCUUUCACUGAUAUCCUGAUCGUCGCUAUCACUGUUAUUGUCGUCGCUGUUCCAGAAGGUCUACCUCUCGCAGUCACGCUUGCACUCGCUUUCGCCACAACUCGCCUGCUUAAGGAGAACAAUCUUGUUCGUAUCCUCAAGGCUUGUGAGGUCAUGGGAAAUGCCACAACAGUAUGCUCGGAUAAGACCGGUACCCUGACCACGAACAAGAUGUCAGUUGUUGCAGGAACUUUCGGACCAGAGCGAUUUGAGGCUGGUGAUGUCGCUGCUUUCGCCCAGAAGGUACCCAAGGAAGUGAGAGAGCUCAUUGUCAAGUCUAUUGCUAUCAACUCGACUGCAUUCGAGGGUGUCGAGGACGGAGUCCCAACCUUCAUCGGAUCAAAGACCGAAAUGGCACUUUUGAACUUCGCUAAGGACCACUUCGCCAUGGACACUCUUACCAACGAGCGAGCCAAUGCUGAGAUUGUUCAACUCUUUCCAUUCGACUCCAACAAGAAGAGCAUGGGUGCGGUGAUCAGACACGGCAAGGAAUACCGUCUCUUCGUUAAGGGUGCUUCUGAGAUCGUCUUGGAUGCAUGCUCUUCAGUUGCGGAUGUUACCACUGGCGAAAUCUCCGACAUCACUGGAGCGCCAAAGCAGCGCCUUACCGAUACCAUCCAGACCUACGCACAGAAGUCUCUUCGCACGAUCGGCCUUACCUACCGUGAUUUCCCAUCUUGGCCCCCAGCUGGAACGCAAACAUCUGCCGAUCCAUCUGCAGCUGAGUUCGACCAGGUCUUCACCAACAUGGUAUUCAGCGGUGUCGUCGGUAUUCAGGAUCCAGUUCGACCAGGUGUUCCCGAAGCCGUGGCUAAGUGUCAAUUCGCUGGUGUCAAGGUUCGCAUGGUCACUGGUGACAACAUUAUCACUGCCCGUGCCAUUGCCAGGGAAUGCGGUAUCGUUAGCGCUACCGAUGAGGCCAACGACAUUGUCAUGGAAGGCCCUGAGUUCCGCAAGCUCUCCGACGAAGCCAUGACCGAGAUCCUUCCUCGGCUCGCAGUUCUCGCUCGCUCUUCUCCACAGGACAAGCAAACAUUGGUACAGAAGCUUCGAUCUUUGGACGAGACUGUCGCUGUGACGGGAGAUGGUACCAACGAUGGACCAGCUCUCAAAGCCGCAGACGUCGGUUUCUCCAUGGGUAUUGCCGGUACCGAGGUUGCUAAGGAAGCCUCAGCAAUUAUCCUCAUGGACGACAACUUCGCCUCAAUUGUCAAGGCACUCAUGUGGGGACGCGCAGUCAACGACGCUGUGGCGAAGUUCUUGCAAUUCCAGCUUACUGUCAACAUCACCGCUGUUCUCCUGACCUUCGUGUCCGCAGUCUCCAACUCCGACAUGAAGCCCGUGCUUACAGCCGUGCAACUCCUCUGGGUCAACCUCAUCAUGGACACCUUCGCGGCCCUCGCUCUCGCCACCGACCCUCCCACCCCUGCGAUUCUGAACCGUAAGCCAGCUGGCAAGAGAGCCCCACUCAUCACCAUGAACAUGUGGAAGAUGAUUAUCGGUCAAGCUAUCUUCCAGCUGACAGUCACCUUUAUCCUCUACUUCGCCGGCAUGAAGAUCCUCCGCUACAACCCUCAUGACGAAAAGAAGCAGCUCGAGCUCGCCACCAUGGUCUUCAACACCUUCGUCUGGAUGCAGAUCUUCAACGAGUUCAACAACCGUCGCCUGGACAACAAAUUCAACAUCUUCACCGGUAUCCACCGCAACUACUUCUUCAUCUGCAUCAACUGCGUCAUGGUCGGUGCUCAGGUCGCCAUCGUCUACGUCGGUGGCAAGGCUUUCUCCAUUACCAGGAUCGAUGGUAAGCAGUGGGGUAUCUGCGUGGUCCUCGCUUCGCUGUCUCUACCUAUGGGUGUUCUCGUCAGGUGCUUCCCGGAUGCGUGGUUCGCCAAGAUCGCACACCAUGUUGGAGGACCAUUCCGCACUCUCUACCGCGCCGUCAAGCGAUUCUUCUCUCGUGUCUGGGCUAAGACCCCUAGCAUCAGGAAGAACAAGAAGACUGCGGUUGAGGACGAACAGACCCAGGAGACUAAGCAAGUUUCCGCCGCUCCCCCAGUCAUUGUCACUGAGGAUGUGCCUGAGAUCCUUGUUGAUGGCGAGUCGAGAGAUGUGGAGAAGGGAGAGAUCAGAUAAGAAUCUGUAGAGUUGUGGUUCUUUUAAUUUCCUUUUGUCUGUUAUGUUUUUGGUCACUCACUGAUGGGUUAUGAAAAUGGACAAUCUGGAAGAUAUGGAUGGAUUGGCGUUGGAGGUGAUUUCAUAACGAAAUGCAUAGCAGUACAGCACACAUGACAGCGACGAGCCUGUAACAAUAGAUACCUAUAGACAUAAAUCUUUGAAUGUUAAUUUAGCG